AUGUCUCAAAAGUCCGCUAUCGUCUCCGUCUACGACAAGACGGGACUGCUGGAUCUGGCCAAGGGCCUGGUUAAGCAGAAUGUCCGUCUUCUUGCCUCUGGCGGUACCGCCAAGAUGAUUCGUGAGGCUGGCUUCCCCGUCGAGGACGUCUCCGCCAUCACCAACGCCCCCGAGAUGCUUGGUGGCCGUGUCAAGACUCUCCACCCCGCCGUCCACGGUGGUAUCCUUGCCCGCAACAUCGAGUCGGACGAGAAGGACCUCGCCGAGCAGAAGAUCUCCAAGGUCGACUUCGUCGUCUGCAACCUGUACCCCUUCAAGGAGACCGUCGCCAAGGUGAACGUCACCAUCGACGAGGCCGUCGAGGAGAUUGAUAUCGGUGGUGUGACUCUGCUCCGCGCUGCGGCCAAGAACCACAAGCGUGUCACUAUCCUCUCCGACCCCACUGACUACCCCGAGUUCCUCAAGGAGCUCGAGGCCGGUGAGAUCACCGAGGCUAGCCGCAAGCAGUACGCCCUGAAGGCUUUCGAGCAGACUGCCGACUAUGACACUGCUAUCUCCGGCUUCUUCCGUAAGGAGUACGCUGGCAAUGGUGUGUCCCAGCUCUCUCUCCGCUACGGUACCAACCCCCACCAGAAGCCCGCUUCUGCCUUCAUGCCCCAGGGUAAGCUGCCCUUCAAGGUCCUGAACGGCGCCCCCGGCUAUGUCAACCUGCUUGACGCCCUCAACGCCUGGCCCCUGGUUAAGGAGCUCAAGCAGGCUCUCGGCUUCCCCGCCGCUGCCAGCUUCAAGCACGUCUCCCCCGCUGGUGCUGCUAUCGGUGUUCCUCUGACCGAGAAGGAGCGCAAGGUCUACAUGGUUGACGACAUCAAGGGCAUUGAGUCCUCUGGUCUGGCUCAGGCUUACGCCCGUGCCCGUGGUGCUGACCGCAUGUCCAGCUUCGGCGAUAUCCUCGCCCUCAGCGACAUCGUCGACACCCCCACUGCCAAGAUCAUCUCUCGCGAGGUGUCCGACGGUGUCAUUGCCGCCGGCUACGAGCCCGAGGCUCUGGAGAUCCUGUCUAAGAAGAAGGGUGGCAAGUACCUUGUCCUCCAAAUGGAUGAGAACUACAACCCCGCUCCCGAGGAGUCCCGCACCCUGUACGGUGUUCAGCUCACCCAGCACCGCAACGACGUCGUUAUCUCCCCCAGCAAGACCUUCAACAACGUCAUCACCCCCAAGAACGCCUCCCUGCCCGAGGCUGCUCUCCGUGACCUGACCGUUGCCACCAUCGCCCUGAAGUACACCCAGUCCAACUCGGUCUGCUACGCUCUCAACGGCCAGGUCAUCGGUCUCGGUGCUGGCCAGCAGAGCCGUAUCCACUGCACCCGUCUGGCCGGUGACAAGGCCGACAACUGGUGGAUGCGCUUCCACGACCGUGUUAUCAACAUCAAGUGGAAGCAGGGCACCAAGCGCGCCGACAAGAGCAACGCCAUUGACCUGCUCUGCUCCGGCCAGACCCCUCGCAACGACGCCGAGAAGGUCGAGUACGAGCGCGUCUUCGAGGAGGUCCCCGCUCCCUUCACCCAGGAGGAGCGCGAGGCCUGGCUCCAGAAGCUCGGCGAGGUUGCCGUUUCCUCCGAUGCUUUCUUCCCCUUCAUCGACAACGUUUUCCGCGCUGCCCGUUCCGGUGUCAAGUACAUUGCCGCUCCUACCGGCAGCCAGAACGACACCCCCGUCUUCGAGACCGCCGAGAAGCUGGGUAUCACCUUCGUUGAGCAGGGUGUUCGUCUGUUCCACCACUAA